CCCUGACGAAGGACGUGAGACAGCUGUUUCUAUUAAUAGCCCCAACGUUUUACCUAUCACAAGACCCCCAUAAACCACACAUAGCUGCUGCUGAACCACAGCAAGCCCAUCCUGGAUGAAUACCAGAGCAAAAACUCAGGAAAAUCAGGAAAAUCUUUUAUUCUUCUACUUUCCGCCUCCUGCACUUUGGUGAACAUGAAGUCCCUGCGCUUCCUUGCGGCUGAGGGCUUCAUUCAGACGGGUUCAGCGGCUUUAGGGAACCUAAGCUGCGUGUCUUUCAACCUCUAUCCGCUUCUCUUCAAGGCCUGCUACCUCCGUGAGCAGGCCGAGCUGCUGCAUGCUUUGGUCCAGACGUGGCCUCUGCCAGAGCUCAACAUGCAGAGGCUCCUGGGGAGAUCCUCUGACUGCGAGCUGGACCUCACCUCCUGCACCUGCCGGACCUGCCUACACUCAGUUCUGACAGGUCUAAAGGACUAUGUGCUGUCUCCUCCAAGAACAUAUGCAAAGAGUUUGCAUGUGGUGGACCUGACUGCCCUCAAAGACAUUGAGCACCAAGCCUGUCCAUGCAAGUCCACCAUGGGUCGAUGGGCUCGGACCCAGCUCCUGACCCAAAUGUGCUAUGAGACCAUGGUGGCCAUGCAGGCGAGUGACGUGAGCCCAUCUGCGUUUGAAACAUCAAUCGACGUCCUCCUGAAUGGAUUUGUGACAGGCCGAAGCUACGAGCUGGUGGCUCAGGCCUUCCUGCUUCUCCGCUACUGUCCCCUGAAGGUUCGCUUUGUUAGCUUUCGAGCCGACUCCCUCGCUCUCAAGCAGCUCGUCUACGUCCUUCGUCUGGCAGAGCCUGAGUCCAUAACGAAGCUGGAGGUGGUCCACAAUGUUCCCCUGGAGGCCACGCACUUGGAGGUGUUGCUGUCCAGGGUGGAGUUUCCCAAGCUGCAGUCUCUAGCGCUACCAGCGGGGGCGCUGGAUGUUAGGAGGCUGGGUGCUGAUGAUGACGAUCUCCUAGCAACCAUUGGGCAUCUGCUGGCACAACUUGGCAACCUUACUGAGCUUUAUGUUGGGUUCUCGACUCUAACUGGACAUCUUCGCCGAUUGCUGUGCCCUCUUAAUACACCACUGAAGUGUCUGGAGCUGGCUAACUGCUGCCUGAACCGCGUGGACAUGACCUACCUGGCCAACUCCCUGCACAGUGAAUCCCUGGUCCACCUCGACCUGAGCGGACAUGACAUCUUCAGCUCUUUUUCCACCGCAUUCCACAAACUCCUGGGUCGCUGCUCUGCAACGUUGACGACCCUCGUCCUCGAGGAGUGCGACAUCGAGGACGACCACCUAACCACCUUCACCAACGCGCUGUCUCCCUGCCAGGGGCUACAGGAGCUAAAGCUUCUGGGAAAUCCUCUCAGCUCCGUCACGCUGAGGAGGUUGUUCUCCACGCUGACAACAGGGUUUCCUAAACUGAGGUACAUAGAGGUGCCUGCACCCCGAGACUGCUACUCUGAGGAUGUCGCUUAUCCUCUUGAAGAAGCGGUCUUGUUGGACUACAACAGAGAUUUGUUCCAGCAGACCAGGGGUCAGCUUUUGGGCAUCCUGGAGCGAGCCGGCAGAGGAGAUGUGGAGGUGUGCACCCCCCUCACGGGCGCCUACGAUCCAGACAUUAAUGAAACCAGCAAUGAACUUGGGUUGUCAAUGCUAAAAUCUUUCAACAGUGUGAUUGGAAAUUUUAUAGGUACGAUAACAGAUGUGGACACCAGGAGAUCACAGGCCCAGAGAGAAAACGAGAACGCCUGGUGAGCAGCAAAUGGGCAUGAAGGAUUUUAUCAGAGGCUUUGAACAAAUCUAAAUGAAGCACAUCUUUAAAAUUAAGUGAAUUUUUUAUGAAUAUACAUGAAUCCUUGUUUUUAAGGCAAUUUUAAAUUUAGGCAUAUUUAUUUAAAAAAUUAAUACUAACCUUGUCUCAAUUUUGUCUAAGUUAGGCUCUUGUUUAAGAAAAUAAAAGUGGAGAUAAAUUUAGUGAUGGUAGCAUCUGAUGACUAAAGUACCGCAGGAAGUAUUCAUACUCUUUAAUUACUGCAUAUCAUGUUAAAACUGCAGGUUUCAUUAAAUUGUACUGGGAUUUUAUGAUCAUCUGAUGAGGUGUUCUAAAAGAUUUAUCUGAAGGAAACUUCAGAUAUCUUGUAAAACAUUUGAAAAGCACUUUUUAUCCACUUCACAAUUUCACAACUUUGUGUUGGUCUAACACUGAAAAAGCAUGGAAAUUACUGUAUUUGAGAUGGAAGAACUGCAAUGUAUUACUGAGUGCAGAAAUGUUUUACAGUGUCAUGUCAAUAAACUAUAAAAAAUAAAAGAACAAAUCAGAUA